AUGCCCAAGUCCAAGCGCCAGCGCGUGACAACGCUCUCCAAGACCCCCGUGCGCACGACCAAGGCUUCCAAGGUCGCCCUCGUCAACGAGAUCCGUGCCAACAUUGACCAGUUCGACCAUGUCUGGCUCUUCUCCGUCGGCGACAUGCGCAACGAGGGCCUCAAGGAGGUGCGCACCCAGUGGCGCGGUACUGGCCGCUUCUUCUUUGGCAAGACCCGUGUCAUGGCCAAGGCUCUCGGUGUGAACCCCGAGACUGAGCACGACGACGGCCUCGGCCAGAUUGGCAAGCGCCUCCGCGGACAGCUCGGACUCUUCUGCACCUCGCACCCCGUUGACGAGACCAAGGAGUGGUUUGAGACCUGGACCAAGAAGGAGUAUGCGCGCAUGGGUGCCAAGGCCACCAUGGACGUUUCGCUCCCCGCCGGCCCCCUCCUGACUCCUUACACCGAGGACGAGUCGGGCGACCCCUUCCCCCACUCGAUGGACCCCCAGCUCCGUGCUCUCGGUCUUGACACCACCCUUGUCCGUGGUGUCCCCUCGCUUGCCAACGCGCACGUUCUCUGCCGCAAGGGCGAGAAGCUUUCGAGCGAAAAGUGCCGUAUCCUCAAGCUCCUUGCGAUCCAGAUGGCUGAGUUCCGUAUUGUUCUGGGCUCGCACUGGACCAAGGGAACUGGAUUCGUCGAGGGCGAGGAGCUCGAGGGCGGUGACGAGGAGAACGAGAUGGACGAGGACUAG